AGAGAGAGAGAGAGAGAGAGUUUAGGAAAAAUGGUGCGCGCGCGCGUGUGUGUAAUAAAAUGGACUAUGUGUGUGUACAUAACUGUCCAUUUUUCCUAAAUUUCCGAAGCGAACAAAACGUUCACUGACAAUAGCAAAUUAUAUAUGGCAUGCUCUGUACAAAAUCGGCUUAAAGACAUUUAUUAUCGACAAGACGCUAUUAAUAAAUUCGAGCAAGCAACAGAAGCUGUAAAAACUCUUACUAAGCGUCCUACUGAUGAAGAAUUUUUAGAAUUGUACGCAUUAUUUAAGCAAGCAUCAGUGGGAAAUAUAAAUACUUCCAGACCUGGUAUGUUAGAUUUGAAAGGGAAAGCAAAAUGGGACGCGUGGAAAUUGAAGGAAGGAAUGUCGCAGAACGAUGCGAAAGAAGCAUAUGUUAAAUUCGUUGACACAUUGGUAGAAAAGUACAAAUAA